AUGCAGGAGGGGUCUGAAUUGAGAGUGUUUUUGAUAGUUUGGAUUGGAUGGUGCAACGUAUGGCUUGGCCAUUCCCAAACAAUCUUUAAUGUCCUCCAAUACGGUGCUAUAGGAAAUGCUCAAACUGAUGAUUCCCCUGCAUUCGCAAAAGCAUGGGAAGCUUUCUGUGGGGCGAAGGAAGAGGAACCGAUCUUUGUGGUACCAGGUGGUCAUUCAUUUUUACUGCGUCCAACAUAUUUUAAGGGUCCCUGCUCUUCUAACAGACUUCAUAUUCAGAUUUUGGGGGCUGUGAUAGCACCUCAUAAAGAUGCAUGGGGAGGCUGUUCAAAAAGGUGGUUAAGUAUCUCAGAGGUUAGCGGUUUGACUGUUGAUGGCUCCGGCACCGUUGAUGGUCAUGGUCAAACUUGGUGGGCUGACCCCCAUGCGGUGGAGUUUUUCCGUUGCGACGGGCUUCAAAUAAGCGGGCUGACCCAUGUUAAUGGGCCCGGGUCACAUGUGAAAGUGGAUCAAAGCAACGACGUAAGAAUUUCUCAUCUAACGAUAACCUCACCAAGAGACAGUCCCAAUACUGAUGGAAUAGAUGUGGCAAAUGCAGCACGUGUUCGUAUCCACAACUGUAUCAUCGGCACCGGUGACGACUGCAUCGCCAUUAAAGGAGGCUCACAUUUCAUCAACAUUACGGAGAUUCACUGUGGACCUGGUCAUGGAAUUAGUAUUGGGAGUUUAGGGCAAAAUGGGGUGGAAGAGCACGUAGAAGAUAUAAGAGUGUGGGGUUGCCACGUGGAAGGAGCAGAAGGCGGUGCUAGAAUCAAGACAUGUCCGGGAGGGAAGGGAUCUGCCAAGAGAAUCUCAUUCGAACACAUGACAGUAAGCCAAACCAGACAGCCAAUUUUGAUAGAUCAACAUUACGACCACAGAGGAGAAGAGGUAAUUUGA